CUGUACACUUCUGCGCCACUCCACCGUCGAGAGGCGAUCAGACGUGACUCUAAAUUACUUCCGAACUGUCCUUUCUUCAAACUCCAAUUUCGGUGUUCUUUCAGCAAUUUGCUCGGCGUGGAUCAUCUGACUCGGGUGAACUGUUCUCUUUAUCACAACGACAACGAGAGCGAGAAUUGGGGUCUCUUGGGCACCAGCAGUCCUGCUGUGGUGUUCUCGAGAAACGUCGACUUCGAAGAGAGGAUACCUUUCAAAUAUGUCUUCGAAAAAACGCAGCUCAUUAAGAUCGACAUAUUUCGACUGCAUGACGGCGCCACCGCGUCCAGUUCCGACGACCUGAUCGGUAGCUGUAUCUUCAAAGUCGAUGAACUGAUUGGCUCAUUUGGUCUACACAUACGACGAUCACUUUAUAAGAACGGAAAUUCAGUUUUCUCCUUUUUUUAUAGUUGCUUGCAAAAUUAUUAUUUUAUGUUUCAUUUGGGUUUCGUUUAUUCCCAAAUGCCGGAGAAGGAGCAACCCAUAAUUGUGCAACUGCAUGGAAGGUCACUUGAUCGCAAGGAUCUACUUUGGGACGAGACAGCCGUCUUUUUCCGAGUUUUUCGGCUUGAGAAAGGUAAAGACGAUGACGAGCUUGUAUUACUGUACGAAAGUGAAGCGAUCAAGAACCACUCACAUCCUCAGUGGCCCGAAUUUCGGAUCGGAGCUCAGGAUGCGGCAGACAACAGGAAUCGUUUGUUGGAAAUCUGGGUGAUGUAUCGCGACGUGGAUGGAACCGAAGGAUUCAUUGGAAAGUUCUUGACGACGUACGCCAAAAUGAAAUACGGUCCCGGCCCUGAUAACGUCUAUGCGGUUAUAAACGAGACGAAGCAGCAGCAGAAGAAGAACUAUGAGAAUAGCGGUCGGAUGGAACUGGUCAAGUUCACGGACGUUUCGUUUUUCUCCUUUCUGGACUACAUAGUUAGUGGAACUCAACUCCACUACGAAGUUGCUGUCGAUUUCUCUUAUGGCUUUAGUGAUAUUGAUCAACAGCGCUUCGAUGUCGAGCUUCAAAUGGCGAUCCGAGCCAUCGGUGGGAUACUCCGAGACUACACACCAAAUCGCCUUUUUCCCGCAUUCGGAAUGGGAGCGAAGAUACCGCCUACAUUUCACGAAACCCAUGAAUUUCACUUGAAUUUUAACGUCGAUCCGACUUGCCGAGGUCUCGACGGAAUCAUAGAUGCUUAUCGCAAGGCACAGGCCCUCGUCACGCCUAUAAAAACAUCGAAGUUUACUCCGAUUGUCGCUCUCGCCACUAGGAUGUCGCACCGUUCCGGUUUUCGUGGUCUUCAUUACCAUGUACUGGUGAUAUUCACGAGAGGAACACCCACCGAUAUUAAGGAGCUGAGUGCUUCGCUGACGUCGGCGUCGAGCGCGCCACUGUCGGUGGUCAUCGUCGGCAUCGGCAGCGCUGACUUCUCGCAACUCGUGAAAUUGGCCUCGAGGCGCAGAGAGGGAACGAGAACGGGUGUAUCAUCAGCCGAAAUCCGCUCUCGAAUAGCUCAAAAGGCCUUGUGUACGAUUCCGCAGCAGAUGACGGACUUCAUGCACGCUGCCAACAUCGCCGCCAAACCUCCUAUUCAGGUUUGUCGCUCUCCUCUCUUCCACAGCUCUUCUCUUAUCCCGGACCGACCGACACAGUUCUUUUUCGACGGACCACUGGCAACCAUGCAUUCUCCGCAAUUGCUACGGAGCGAUCGUCGAGGAAGUGACUCACAAUAUCUGGAUGCUGAAAUUGCAGCACGAAGCAGUCUGAGCGUUCGAGUUCCUGAACGAUGUCAUUCAGUGCUGCAGACAAGUCGAGAGCAGUACCAACGAAGGCUGAAGGAAAGAGGACUUGGCAGAGUAGUAUUCCCUCGAAUCGAUUUGUCAACGGUGGACUCGAGUAUUUCAACCCAAGAUGGUUCACAUUAA